AUGCACCCUUAUCAAAAGGUUGAGACUGUCGAUCAUGAUGGGAAUUCAAUUCAAGUUCCUGUUGUGGCGCAUCGCUCUGCAAGAGUUCAAAGUUGGGCCACGAGGAUUCUUGCUCUAAUUGUUGUUGUUUUAUCUCUGACUCUGGCCUGGGGGUGGCAUUGUUACCAAGAGCUGUAUAAAAAUGUUGCUGGUGAACAUGUCGAAUCCUGGAAGAGCAUAGCGGUUCAGAAAUCACCCUACACGGGCCUCACAUUCGACACCCAGAUUCCUUAUAGCCAUCACACCGAAUACACCAGCCACAACAAAACGCACGCUGAUGAAAUGUGGGAGAGCCUUAGCAUUGAUCCGAUGGUCAUUGCUCCUACCAAGGAAUGGGCAAAAGAAAAGGGUCUGACUGGAUCGUGGGCCUUUCCCUGGGAUUCAAACCGACAAAUCUACUUCGUCAAAGUUUUCCAUCAACUGCAUUGUCUAAAAGUCAUGCGUCGGACAUACCACCAGCUCUGGGCUGGUGAAGAGGCCUCUAUUCCUUCUGACCAUAUUGAACAUUGUCUCGAUAGCUUGCGACAGGAUCUGAUGUGCAAGGCUGACGAUACCCCUAUGCCAUCCCUGAAACUGUACAAUGGUGGCGGGGAAGGCCAGGCUAUGCAAUGCAAGGACUUUGAUAAGCUGGUUGCCUGGACUCAAGCACCGGAGCGUAAUGCCUGCUAUAAGCGGUUGACCGACUAUCAAGUUAUUGUUCAUAGUGUGGAGCGGUAUGCUUUUUGUCCUCAGGAUAGUGAGCAUUAUGAUGCGAUGGAAAGUUAUUUUCAGAAACAUGGGCAUUAUGCUGAUCCAUUUAGUGAGUAA